AUGGAAAUGUCACUUCCGAACGGUGUAGACGUGUCUCAGUUGGUGCAGCAUCCCGUGCUCGCCGCCCUGCCGCCCUUCUUCCUGAGAGCGUCCGAAAGAUAUCAGCGGACCCCGAAGUGCGCUCGGUGCCGGAACCACGGCGUGGUCUCUGCACUGAAGGGGCACAAGCGGUACUGCCGGUGGCGCGACUGCGUGUGCGCCAAGUGCACACUUAUAGCCGAGCGACAGCGCGUCAUGGCCGCACAGGUGAGGAUGCAACGUGCUCUAACAAAUGUUGCUCUGCGUCGCCAGCAAGCCCAAGAGGAGAACGAAGCCCGGGAGUUGAACCUACUAUACGCGGGGCAGCCGUCCAGCGCGCCGCACCACUACGCCGAUAUGCCCGACGGAUCACCAGUUCAGAAGCGCGCUCGCAUCACCGAGGUUUGUUCCACCAGUCCAUCUCCUAUCAACGAACAACCCAGGGAUCCGAAGACUCCAGCGCCGACGCCGCCGCUAGCCACACCCCCGCCCCGCUCUCCUUCUGACCACGAACUAAACGUGGAGGAGGAGCUAGAAGAAUCAGAACCAUCUCUCACUCCCGAAAACCUGUCCAUGAAGGAGUCUCGCGAAGAGAUGCCUGUCAAAAAAGAAGAAGAAAAAUGGGAGAAUAACGAGUUUAAAUACAAAAUGUUUAGACGUAAAGAUCUCCCCGAGCCCGCCCACGAGGAGAGUCAGUAUCAGAAAUCUCCAGUGGACGUGCUAUUGAAAGUGUUCCCGCGACGCAGCCGGCAAGAGAUCGAGGCUAUCCUGGCGCGGUGCAAGGGAGACGUCGUAGCGGCCAUGGACUCCAUGGUGAACGGGCCGGAACCCAAUCCUUACCACGUGACGCAGGAAUCUCCACCUUACCUCCAAAAUUACCAGUCGAAAUCAGCGUUUUCUCCUCUAUCGAACCAGAGUUUCAAGUUCUCCCCGUCACGGCGGUUUCUGACUCCACCUUACAGCGGGACGGGGUAUUUGCCCACUGUAAUCCGGCCGCCACCGGAGUACCUUUCAUCAUUUAUGCCACCUUCAGAGCUGAUGUACGGGAGGCAGCUUCAGGUACCAUCGCCGGGAACCUCUCCCACUUCUGAUAACACGAACAACGAUGGCUUUUCUGAUUAA